UGCAGCAUUAACACAGUUGUGCUGAGAAGUUUUAGGGGGGGGGGGCAUUCUCAGCCUUCUUUUUCUCCAACUUCUGCAGGGGAAAUUGUUGCAGAUACAGUUCCUCUUUGGCAGCAAGGAAAGUCUUUCUUUCUUUCUUUCUUUCUUUCUUUCUUUCUUUCUUUCUUUCUUUCUUUCUUUCUUUCUUUCUUUCUUUCUUUCUUUCUUUCUUUCUUUCUUUCUUUCUUAAAAGAGAUAUAGGUACUCUGACGACGAUGGAAAAAGAUAGUGAUCCCAAAUACGUAUUGCAGGUGGAAAACAGGAGGAAAAACAUUUUUGUAACUCAGCUAGGAGAACACAGGGAAGAAGAGGAUGAAGAUGUCUCUCGUAUUCCUAUCAUUCAUGAGGACCCCCGCAAGAUUCUUCAGCAUCAUGGAAAAACACUGCAGAGGACGUUGCUUUUGCAGAAAGAAGUUGAACAUGACCAAGUUACUGCAGAACUGAUUGCCAAGAGGCAAGAAUUUCAAAAACAGAUGGAAAAACUGGCUCAGCGAAGUGCAGAAUUUUCGCUGAAAGAAGAGGCUGGCAGGGCUCGAGCUCUUAAAUUUGACAGAUACCUUAAAGACUGUGAGCAGAAGAAGGAACGUGCAAUGAAGAAAUACCAAAAUGAGCAAAAGCUCAACCAAAUAAAGAAGAGUGAAAUCCAUAAACUGAAAGAAGAACUUAAAGAACUCAGAGUUAGGCAACAGAAAUUACAGAGAAAGGUGGCAAAAUGCAAAGUGUAUGAAGAUUUCUUGCGGAAACUGAUUGAAGCAUUGCCGGCCAACUACCUAGAAUGCGGGGAAGAGUCUUUGAUUAGAGCCCUCAUAAAAAGACAUGAGACUCUGAUGACCGCAAAUCAGAACUUGACAGAGAAUUUGUCCAGCCUGCUACAUAAUCUUGAGAGAAGCCGACAGGAAUUUGGGACCUUGCAAGAGGAACAUGACACUGCGAAAGUUAUGCUGAUUAGCAAACUUUCAGAGCUUCAGACAAAAUGCAGUACAUUACAAGGCAAAAAUACACAGCUGGAGAUGUACAUUAGCCAUAAAAAAGGCCACUUCAGAAAUCAGAGAGAAGAACUAGGCAAGAUGUUGCUGGCAAUCUCUGACCUAGCAGAGCAGUGCUGCAUGUGGCACUACGGCCCUUUGAAGGAAAUGCCAUUGCUUUCGAAGCUGGACAUGAUCCAAGAGUUCAUUUUGGAAAAGCAGACUAUCAGAGAGCAAACAGUGCAAUCAGAUGAACUUGAAACAUCAUCUUGUAGCCUUAAGGAACGACCUUACAAAAGCAAAAAGCUGUGAUGAUUGACAAGCGAUAAAAGGAAGUUCUACAAGGCUUCAACCCAAAUCUCCAGGAAUUUCCCAGCCCAGAACUGGCAACCCUGUGCUUGUAAGCUGCCUUGAACUGCUGCUUGAUGGUGGGAAUGGUGGGAUAUAAAAGUUGUUUUUAAAUAUACGAACAGUGAAUUUCAUGGCUGAGCAGAGUUGUGAAACCAUAGAGGCAGGCAAAAUACUGGAACGCCAGUGUUAUAAGAUGGCCGUCAGCUGCAACACAGCCAUAUUAAUUCCCAGGUUGUUGUAUGAGAAUGUGCAAAGAAUUUGUGAUCCAAUUUAGAACCCUCACUGAACAUACUCAGUUUGGAAAUCAGGCGAGCAAAAUGUGCUGUGCUGGAAUGCUAGAGAGACAAGCCACACAGCUCCCCUCUCCCCACAACCGAAGAAAGCACCAUUUUUAAAAAGUUUAUGGCUUGGAUCCUGUCAAUGAGUUCUGUGUUUUGGGCCAUUUCCACGCGACUUACCUUUUGCAAAGGUACGAAAUCGUGCAAUAAAAGCAUCUUCCUGGUGCGAUUUCGCAUGAGAACAUGCUGCAUCCCCGCAAAAGUUAAGCCGUGUGGAAACGGCCCUAGAUAGGUUCUACCGUGGAGUGCACUUCUUCUUUCACUAAAGCUUCCAAAUGCGUAAGGGUCUAUUGAAAACCAUUGAUCAUGCACAAGCAAAUUUUAUUGGAAGAGGAAGUAAACUCCAUGGCAGAGACUAUCUAGCAAUAAUGGCACAUUCAUAGGAUCCAAGCCAAUUUUUUUUUGUCAUGUAUGCAGAUCAGAGAGGGGGACUGGGAUGACUGCAGAAAAGCACCGUGAGACUACAUGUGCACAAAAUGUUUGCAAUGCAAUUGAGAGCAAUAUUGCAUGCUUGAUUUAAAAAAAUGCUUGUAAUUUGGAAUCAAAUUACUGUUCAAGUAGAGGAACAUUCAUCCAUUACUGCUUCUGUGUGGUUGACUUCCAUACUGGACUACAAAUACGUGAAAUAGGAAGAUUGUAGGGGACAUGUGAACUAUUAUGGUAUAGGAUAUGCAACCACCCUGGAAAGGUAAUGUAAGAAUUAGACCAGUCUGUACAUAGUGUGGAAGUCUGAUCCAUUCUCAUUUAGAAUGUACAUAACUCUCACCCUUUCCCCCAUGUAUUAGAUUAUGAAAAAUGUCUGUUUUUAUUCAAUGCUAAUUAAAAAUGAACAGAAGUGCUCUGCUAAUGGAAAAAAUCAUUACUGCCUCUCAGUGCUGAAAUGAAAGUCUCCCAGAUGUUCAAGGUCAGUGGCCUAAACAUCACUGAAAACUAUCCCAGCAAGACAGCUGAUUACUCUGAGCUUAUAUCAAAGGUGGCAUGAUUCAUAAAUUCGCUAAUUUAUAUUGCAGGAAGUGAAUAAAUGGUAUGCUUAAUUAAUAG